UAACAGAUACCAGAUAAUUCCAGGUACAACGCUGCGGACAUGCUUGUUAAUAUGGGAGGUAUGGGGGAGAGAGAGACAUGCACAAAAUAGUUACUACUAGAUGAAAGACGUAAACCAUAACAUGAUUUGCCAUGCUAGAAUGAGAUCAUACUUUCGUCUUAGGUAAAUAGUAUACGUGAUUCCAUCUUAGCCAUCACCAUGACCAAACCAAUCAAACCAGAAUGUCACUCACCACGGAUCCAUCCCGUCAUCCCUUGGGUAUAUAUUAAUAGUGGAGGUUAAGACCUAAAGCCCAACUAAACAGUUCUGUUCAACCCACACUAGGCAAUACCCCUAUCGGCCAAUACUUGGUGGCUUUAGCCCCUUUGAUGAGUUUCUAGCUUUAAUUCCAGCUUCACCUUUAGUCGACAAGGAACAACCCAGCUCGAGCUCCAGGACAUUGCCGAUGGACGGGAGCUUGUGUCGAGACGUCCAGGACACCUAACCUGUCAAACCAUUCAUUUCCCUAAAGAGCGCUGCAAAAGUUCUCCAAUUAGCACUACCCCUCGUCGCCCUUGGCCUUUCGCUGUUAAGAGAUACGAUACUAACCUAGCAUCGCCCUACGUUAGGAUUCAUCAGCCGGUUGGAAGAGAGCUUCGACGGCGCGUCUCUACCGCUAUGCAGCGCGGGAGGUAUCCGCGCAUUCUCCCAGCAGCACCCGCAGGAUAUGCAGGGCAGUCUUCCGCGUCUGGUAAUCCUGGGGAGCCGGGAAAGGAAGUUAAAAAGCGUUUAACAUCGCAACCACGACCGGGUGCUUGUCUAGACUGUCGAACUCGAAAAACAAAAUGUGAUGGACUUCGGCCUGCUUGUACUAAUUGCUCGAAACGUGGCCACGCUGUGUGUGUCUAUCCUGAACGGCUCGUCAAUGGUCAAAAGGCGAUUGAGCUCGUUGAACUUCUCAAAUCUUCAACCGAGGACCGUUCAAAUGCCCUCCUGAAACGGCUUAGGGAGAAAGGAGACCCCUCUAUCGUCCUGGCAGAGUCUAGAGGGGGCCCGAGUGAGGGCAGCUCCCCCUCAAAAUUGGAUUAUGUAGAAUACAAACAGCACCAGAGCUCCCUGGAGGGUGAGCUUAUGGCCAACAACCCGAAAGCUUUCCCCAUUCUUCCACCCAUCGAUCCUAUAGCCCUAGCGAGGAGCAAUCUUCUUCGUCCCUGGCUAUCUGAUAUAGUGUUGAGUCAAUUAGAUUCCAACGAAGCCGAACCCAAUCUUACUGCCCCAUCAGAGUACUCUGAACCUCAAGAGCAGCCUAUCGAGUAUUGUGACGAGAGACUUCAAUACCUCCAGGUUGGAUUUUGGACAAACAUCAAGAUUUCAAACGACUUUGUUGCCAAGGUCAUUUCAGUGUACAUGAAAACAGAUCAUCCACUCUUGGGACUAUUCGACACGCAUCUCUUCAUUAAUGACUUAGUCAACCAGCACGCGAAAUACUGUUCCAAGUUUCUAUUUCACUCCGUGAUGUAUCUAGGAUGUCAAAUGUAUAGUUCUUUUGAUGGGAGUGCUAUACAGUAUGCAAGCGAGUUUUGCCGAGUCGCCGAGUCUUUGUGGAAAACAGAGAAGGACUCAUAUCCAUCAAUGGCUGGCGCCAUCUUGUUAAGUAUAUCGCUUAUGGCACACGGCAAAAACCACGCCGUUCUGAGCUACGCGUCUGAUGCUAUGAAGAUGGGCACACGGCUGGGUCUUUUUGGUGGUGGUCCAGGGCAUGCAGCUAACCCUCAUCAACCAAAUACGGGCACGAUGCAAGACGACUUAAGCGCACGGUCACACGCAGCUUGGGGUGUGUUCAACUGGAACGUGAUGAUCUCGAUGUUCCAUCGCCAGCCCGGCUCGGAGACUCCAGCUUCAGCACCGAGUGUUCCCAUUCCAGGAGAAACACGCAGUGACAUAGCAGGCGACAAAACUGCCGAUGCGAAUCCGGGAAAAGGAGGAGAAAAAGACGGAGAUGACGAUGAGGACGAAAAUAUAUCCGAGGAACUCAUUGUGCGGAGACUUUUUCCUGCAUUGUGCAAUUUUUGGCGGCUUGUACACGAGGUUCGGUGGAUCUACUACCCCGUCCGGGAAAGUCCCCCGGUAUCAUUAAGGAAAAGGCUCGUCGAAUACGCCUAUCGAGAACUGCUUGCUUGGACCGAAACUCUUCCCUCCUUUUUAAUUCGGAGAGAUCAAUGCCCUCAUUUCAUCAUCGUAUUUCAUAUAUGGCUGCAUACGGCAAUUCUCGACAUGUGGCAGCCGUUCAUCUACAGAGAAAAGGAGAAAAUACCGCAGCUGAGAACGUUCUCGGCACGAGAUCGCACACCAGACGCCGCGUACUCCGCAUCGGUUAACCAGCUGAAGCAGUUGAUUGUGGAGUAUCGAAGCAGGCACGCUGCCUCGUCGUAUUCAAUACUUUGGCAUAACGGCCUCAUCUACCUCGCAAAUGCCAUGCUUAGGUGUACCGAUCCCGAAUGGCAUCUAUACCUGCUUCUGUGCAUUUAUGGAUACGAAAGACUCAGCCGCACUUUCCGCAUUUCCGAAGUCGUCGCCCAGGGCCUUCUGACUAUGACGAUGAGAGACACUGAUAUGACUGGUCGGGAAGCCUACAAGAUCAUGGAAACCCUCAAGGAGCGCGGGCUGAUACAUGUUAUGGAGGAUCUCGAAGAAAAGAUUCACGCGACUUUCAUGAUCGACCUUAACUUGGCUUUCACGAAUCCCGAAGCAGCUUGUGCGGAGAACAUGGCGAACGAGUUCACAGACCUCGCAACAUUCCAAGACCUUGUUGACCUUGACCCUGAGGGCAGAUGAGUAUCGCUUUGCCGCUUUUCUUUUCCACUUACUUCCCUUUUCAGUCUUGUGUGUUGCCCCCGUUCUGUUGGAAUGCGGCCAUAAAGUAGUUUGUUCGCGGUUGUCGCAUUCAUCACUACGUCUAUGAUAUGCCAUUUCCCUUUGGAUCGAGGAGCUUGA